AGGUUCCGCUUCCUAUUUAACAGUAGGCACAAUAUAAAUGUUAGUAAAUUCCUUGAAUCAAAUAAAACAAACUGCAAAACCAUUUAAGCAAUCAGCUAUUUCAAAAUUUUAAUAUAGAUUAUAGAAAAUAUAAAAGGUUUGAGUGAUUGUUUGGUCUAAAUAUUCCCUUAAACAAAUGACUUAAUCUACUUUUUCAUUUAGUUUCUGCGGACUAUUUAAACGAUGCCUCCGAAAAAGAAAAACGCGGGUGGUUCUAAAGGGGCCCAUGCUCUCCCUCCUCCUAUUCCUGAAGGUGAAAUCCUUACAGAUAACCAGAAAAAACAGUGGAAAGUGGGGAACGCCAUUGGAUCGGGAGGCUUUGGUUUAAUUUAUCUAGCAAGUUCCGAUAUUGAAAAGAAAGUAACUACAUCAACAGCUGAAUAUGUUCUGAAAAUUGAGCCUGUUGGAAAUGGACCUCUCUUCUGCGAGAUUAAUUUUUAUAUUAAAGCAGCAAAGAAAGAUAUGGUCGAAUCGUGGAAGAAAAAGAGAAAGCAAUAUCAUUUGGGCAUUCCCAUCUAUAUAGCUUCUGGUCAACACGAAAGGAGCGGUCAUAAAUACCGGUUUAUGAUUAUGCAAAGAUUCUCGACAGACUUACAGAAGCUGUUUGAAAAGAAUAAUAAAUCUUUUAAGGAAUCAGACUGUUUUUUGAUAUUUUUACAAGUUUUAGAUACUUUGGAAUAUAUACACGAAAAAGGUUAUGUUCAUGCUGAUAUAAAAGCCUCAAAUCUGCUAAUUGAUAUAGAUGAUGAUUCAAAGGUUUAUUUGGUUGAUUAUGGUUUGGCAACAAGAUAUCUUUCUAGCAGUAAUCAUAAACCUUACAAAGAAGAUAAACGUAAAUGUCAUGAUGGAACAAUCGAAUUUACAAGUCUCGAUGCUCAUAGAGGAGCAGAUCCUUCUAGAAGAGGAGACUUGGAAAUACUUAUGUAUUGUCUUAUUCAAUGGUUAAUUGGAAAGUUACCGUGGGAAGACAAGCUAACGGAUAAAGAAUAUGUAAUGAGAAAGAAAAACGAUUUUAUGAAAAAUAUAGGAAGUUCAUUAAAACGAAUGUUUGCGGGAAAUUCUUACUUAGACUCAUUAGUUGGAUUAGUUAACUAUAUCAAAGAACUUGAAUACGACGAAAGCCCCGACUAUAGCCGAUGUAGAAAUUAUAUAGUAUCUGCAUUAGAAGAAAUAGGAGAGGAUUCAAACAGUCAAUUAACUAUAACAAUGAUGCCCCGAAAGCGUGGGUCUGUUGGUCAUUUGUCUGACAUUAGUAAAAGACAGAGACAGAAAAGUCCUGAUCAAACAACAUCCGCAGGAACACAAAGAGGACGAAGGGUUUUAAAAAAGGUGGCAGUGGCAGCUAAAGAUUCUUCGUCAGAAAGGGAAAUUGAAUCUGAUAUGCCUCAAAAGAAGCCACAGCCUAAAAGACUAAAUGAAAUUAAGAAAUCUGCUAUUCAAACGAAAAGGACAAAUCAUAAACACUUGCACAAAAGCCUCCUUACAGACGAUGAUGAAGAAGAAAAUGAUAAUUAUGAUUCUGAGUCAAGUAGUGAGGAAGAAUGGGAAGAGCCUGCCCAUAAAAAAGCAACUAAAAAGCAAAUUCUGACAAGAACAAGUAAACAAAAAAAAGGGGAUACGGAUAAAAUUAGUACUUCCUCUAAAAAACAGACUGUGCCGAAAAAAACUGUAAAACGCGUUCAACGACGUAGUACGGCCACUCAAACAUCCCCUGGUUUAAAGGGCCUCAAAAAAAAGAUGAAAAAGUAG